GACAAAUCUGAAAAUGAGGUUUCUUUCUUAAUUUAACUAGGAAGUCGCGUGCGAGAGUUAAUUGCGUUGCUAACGUGUUCGCAUAACGUGCCGGAAAAAAAGAGUAUGUUUCUCGAUCGGAGGUUACGAGAAUCGCAAUGAUUUAAUGGUGAAAAUGACAUAAAUCUGUGCGAGUGCAUAUUUCUGUGUAAAAGUGGAAGAGAGAAAGCAAACAAGAGACAGAGGGAGAGAGAAGGAGAAAGAGAGAAAGGAAGAGAGAUGUGUCGGUGGAUAAAUUACUACAAUUUGCUUAAUAGCUAAUAGACUCAAAAUUACUGGUAUGCUUUUACGAUUCGCUCACGAUGUCCGCAUAUGCGACGAUACUGCCUCUUAUCUUCUUGGGAUUAUUAGGAACGGUAUUUGGGAAAGAUGUUAAAGGUUCAGCCUUUUGCGAAUUUUAUAAUGAAACAACAUGUAUAGAAUCCCAACAAGGAUGUUCGGGAACAGAAGAAUGUGUUGUACAUGAUCCUGAUAAGCGUAAUCAUUGUUAUGUGCUAUGGACAAUUGACAGUGCUACUAAAAAGACAACAAUUAAAUUGAAGGGUUGCUUUCUAGAUAGCAAUGAUUGUUAUGAUAAACCGCAUUGUAUAGAGGAGAAUCCGGAAAGAAAACAGGAAUUAUAUUUUUGUUGCUGCGAUGGUAAUAUGUGUAACCAAAAUUUUUCGUUGAAUCCACAUCCAACUUCAUCCUCUAAGCCUACACAACCAUCUAUUAUUCGUGAUUCUGAACCUGUGCCCAAUAUGGAACAACAAGCAAUAACAAUUGCUUUAUUAAUAUCAAUUCCUAUACUUCUCACUGUUAGUUCACUUUUUCUGUGGUGGUUCUGCCGUCGCCGGAAAUUGGGUUAUUUUAAUGAGGUGCCAACACUGGAACCUCUCCCGUUGCCACAACCUUCUCCUAAUCUAGGUUUACGCCCAAUACAGCUUCUUGAGAUUAAAGCUCGAGGUCGUUUUGGAGCAGUUUGGAAAGCCCAACUGAAAAAUGAUAUCGUAGCAGUUAAAGUUUUUCCUGUUCAAGACAAGCAAUCUUGGCAAACUGAACAAGAGAUUUUCAAACUUGCACAUAUGGAUCACGAAGACAUAUUACGUUUUAUAGGUGUUGAAAAACGUGGAGAUAAUUUACAAACUGAGUUUUGGUUGAUCACAGCGUAUCAUGAAAAAGGUUCGCUAUGCGAUCACUUGAAAGCAAACGUUGUAACAUGGCCUGAGAUGUGUAGAAUUGCAGAGUCUAUGGCAAGAGGUUUAAUGCAUCUACAUGAGGAGAUUCCAGCUAAUAAAGCAGAUGGUUAUAAACCAGCUGUAGCUCACAGAGAUUUCAAGUCAAAAAAUGUUUUGCUGAAAGCUGACAUGAGUGCCUGUAUAGCAGAUUUUGGCUUGGCACUUGUUUUUCAUCCAGGAAAACCUUGCGGCGAUACACAUGGACAAGUUGGAACACGAAGAUACAUGGCACCAGAAGUUUUAGAAGGGGCAAUAAAUUUUACUAGAGAUUCAUUUUUACGGAUUGAUAUGUAUGCUUGUGGACUAGUGCUAUGGGAAUUAGCUUCAAGAUGUACUGUACAAGACGGACCAAUAGGAGAAUAUCGACUACCAUUCGAAGACGAAGUCGGUCUACAUCCUACUCUAGAAGACAUGCAAGAAAGCGUUGUUCAUAAGAAAGAGAGACCGCUCAUCUUAGAAACUUGGCGCAAACAUCCGGGACUUUUAUCAAUUUGUGAUACUAUGGAGGAAUGUUGGGAUCACGAUGCCGAAGCACGCCUCUCCGCCUCGUGCGUUGUGGAACGAGUUGCUACCCUUAGUAGGACUCUUGUAUUAAAUUCAUCUACUUUGAUUCGAGUUGAUAACACCAACGAGAUUAUUACUACCAAGGAGUCUAGUAUGUAGUUAGCGUCUAUAUAUUGCACUAGUCUACAAAAUUCAAAAAGUUUUCAGGAACAGAGGGUAAAUAGCAUGGCUUUUACUAAUUUGGACAUGCUGAUAUCAUCAGUUUUUUCCCAUCACGUAUAAUCUUUUAGCUUACGUAUUAAAGUUUUUGGAUUUAAAUUUUUCAAUAUAUAAUAUUAUUUUACUAGUAUAUAAAUAUAUAUACAUUAUAUUAUACAUAAAUUAUACACUUUAUUUAGGGGAAAGUGUAAGACGGACGGUUAGGGGUAAGACGAACUCCCAAAGCGAAAAUGGUCAUAUUUUUUAUAUUAAUGGCAAAAAAUAGCUGAAAUUUAGAAUAAAAAACUUUAGAAUGUUUAUUAUAAGAUCAUAAUGUUAAAUUUUCAAAACUUGCAAAAGUUUGAAUUAUUAUUAAGAUUUUUAUAAAACUUUUUUAGCUGUAUUAAAAUUAUUUUUUAAAUGUAAUUUAAUGGUUAGAUAUUACUUCCAAAUAAUCAGAAACAAGAAACUUUUAGAAAAAUUUAAAAAUAUUAAAUUUUGCAUCUUAGCCACUCAAAAUGCAAACUAAGAAAUUAAAUCACCAGAUCUAUUUACAAGAAUUUGACAUUUCUUUAUAAAUAACUAUAUAUUAUAAAUAUAUUCAUAAUAUAUAUUCAUAUAUGUAUAAUAUAUGAAAUAUAUUUGCUUAUUAAAGUACCUAAAUACUGGCCUAAUUGCCUCUCAAUUUUGAAAAAAAAAGAAGGAUAUCGAUAAUCUAUUCAAAGAUGGAUAACUAAGACUGCUGGUUUCAGGUCCUGCAGCUCAUUCAAUUUAAUAGAAUUUAUCAUGCAGCCCAUCUGUUCCGAAAACCCUGUUGACUAGUGUUGUUAUAGCUUUAGUUGAAUGGCACAACCAUUUUUUGUAUCAUAAUUUUGUUAUACAUAUCAAUGAGGAAUGUUGAAACAAUAGUAAAAAAAAGACAAGCAUAUAUCUCUUCAAUCUUACGUUUCACUAUUGAAUAAUUAUUAAUUUCUCCUCUAACGCCAUACAAAUGCUCAUUAUAUAGUUAUGAUGUCACAUGACGUUGUCUUGAAGCUGUUAGUCCCUCGUUGCAACUAUAUUGGAUUAUUUUAUAUUACAUUUAUCGAACGUGAAUGUUGAUAAAAUUAUUUAUUUCAAUAUUGUAUAUUGGGGAAGGAAAAAAUUCGUACCAUUUUGUGGCUUCUGACAUCAUAAUCCCUCACACAGCGAGGGAGCCGAGAGCUCUAAUUUGAUAAAUUUUCGUGUGAGCCAUCUCUACUGCAUUUUAUCUUUUCCAGUGCCUUUUUUGUGCAUUGGAAACAGGUUCAUUAAUGUUAAAAUGUAUUGAAAGAAGUUUACGUUUUCAUUUUAACGAACAAUAUUGAAAGAUAACGGUGUGAAUAAAAUAUUACAAAUAAUUGCAAGGUAAACAAGAGUUAAAUAUAGUAAGAACGUAGUUAUAUAUAUCUGCCAAAUUAUAUCACGCGAUAUUAUAUUUUAUUGUAUAUAUAAAUUUCUCUUUUCUAAAAGCGCGUAAAUAAAAGGUACGGUAUUUCAAUCUUUGUCAAUCCUUGCAACAACUUGCAGAUAACAUUGCAAGGACGUAUAAAACAAUACUGCUUCCAUUUAGCCAUGAAUUUGUGGAUUAUAUACUUAGAACAUUUGACAGAAAUCUCUGGUAUUGGAUCGUACGCAGUGAGAUCCAGAGUAAUUAUAUAUAAAAACCCAGCGGCGAAUCUGCGACUUGUUAGCUACCCACACAGUAAAAAAGAUCUGCAGGAUCUCGUGAACAUAUCUUGCUAGGAAAUCAUAAUAUUUUUAAGAAUGUAUGAGAGAAAGAAAGAAAAAAAGAGAGAGAGAGAGCACGGAGGAUAUAUCUGAAGUAUAUUUUUAAAAUAUACUAAUAUACCACUGCGCGCGCGGACCACAUAUAUAUUUCAAGAGACACGGUCGUGUCCCGUGCCAAGUCACGCGCAGUAAACGACGACGGACCCUAUAUCUAGACAUGAUCCGUCAUAUUCUACUGGUGUACAUAUAUUUUUACUAUAGUGCUCCCCUAAAAUAUUCUGUGAUGUCAUACGAAUUUUCUGGAUAAUUUCCAUAGACUUUUGACUGAAGCAUUCUUUAAAAAUAUCCUAUAUCACACAGCACUUUGGAGAACUUGUUACUAUAAACAUUGUUUCAUUGUAUUUUAAAGAAAAACAGUGUGAUAUACAUUUGGGACAUUGGGGAUGAUUUUAAUAUAUCUCGCAGAUUUCCAUUGCUGUAUGGGUAGGUGGCUCUACAAUGUAGAUUUCUAUAUACAAAAAAUCGAAACUUUUAACACACAUUGAAAUUAUUUGAUUGAAAAUUGAUUAGUUAAAGUUUUAUGAAUACUUUAUCGUCUACUCUUGUAUAUAAAUUUUUAAUACAUGAAAAAAAACACGAGUGAAUAUUUAAAAUAUUUCCACUAAUCUUUUUGAAGCUUAAGAUGUUCGAUAUGUUGAAAAUAGAUCCAUUAAUAAGAACUGCCAUUCUCGAUUAUCAAACGAGAAAUGUAUCUUAGGAAGUACGAUUUUUUUUUUGAAGUUAGAAAAUCUGCAAAGCGACUGUAUACGUGUUAAUCAGUAAUGUGCAGAAAAAUUCUAGAUGGGAAAAACAAGGAAAAAUGCUUUAACGCUUUACAAUCAUUUGACACAAAAAAAAAACUUCCAUUUCCGGCCACUAUAGAUCUAACAACAUCAUUAUGAUAUGACAUCGUUUCCUUCUUUGAGCUUUAUAAUAUAACACGGUUCAUUGAUAUUAGAAAUACAAUUUGUAAAGGAAUUUCCUGCAGAAAUAAUAUGAGAUAUUACAAAAUCUUACUGCAGAAUAAUUUCACUCUUUCUACUUGAGUCGUUAUUUUAAAAAACUACCUUAUAUAUCGAGACUUUCUCUUGCUAGAGAAAUUAUUUGUUGUUACAUUAUUGUAAUAAGCUGAUUAAAAAAUAUCUUUUCUCACUAUUCGACAAUGACGCAGCUAGAUAUUAAAACAUGAGUAUUUUAAGUAAAAGUUAAUGACGAAUUCGGUUAAAAAUACACUAAUAUUUCAGAAAUGAUUUUGCAUCGUUCUGUUUGAAAGAAAAAAGAAGAAGCAUUACAUUAGCUUUCUUUGAACAAAUAGUCUUAUUUUAUAAAUAAUUUGUAUCUCUAAAUAUUCGAAAAAUAGUUACGUACAGACACUUCUCUUAAAGCGCGCACAAUGUAUAUACACAUAUGUAUACGUAAUAUGUGCCACUCACAUUCCUCAUUGAUCACUUAUUGGAACCGUGCAGUAAAUAUAUAUCUCGAUCACAAAGUAUGCCAAAUAAAAUCCAGCGAAGCAUUUUUCCUGUAAAGCCACGUCACGUAUCAUUAUAAAAUGGAUAAUAUAAUCUUAUUAUCAGGACUUUCGGACAUCACCAUUGCUUGUGCCUGAAGGAAUGAUUGUAAGACGAUAAACACAAUAGAGAGCUCUAGACAAUGUUUACUUUUCGGAAUUUGAUCGGAAAUAGUGUGCAUAGUGGUGUUUAAUCGUGUAUAAUGUAUGACCGAUUUCAUCGGUUACCCUUCAGACACAUAAGCGAUGAGAAUGUCCGUGUUCUGUUUAUUACAAAGUACCUGGUAGAUACAAUCGAAUUAACAGAUUGAAACUUAUUACGAUUUUUUGCACGAGAUAAAAACAUCGUAAUUAAUUUGAAUUUUAUAAAGUGCUACGUUAAGUGUAACAUUUAUUUUACGGAGUAGAAUACUAAUCAUGAAUUUUACGUGGCUCUAAUAUGUUUAUCUUACUUAUUAUUACUAAUGUAUAUUUGAUUUUACAAAGCGAGCAGCUUAAUGUUAUAUUUAAUAUAAAUAUAGACUUUUGAACAUUUUUUUUACCAGUAGGAGUAAUUAAUGCAUAUGUAAUGCGAUAUAACACUAAGGGAUAAUGUAGAAUGUAAAUUAUUCAUAUUUACCAGCAGCGUACACGCUGCAAUUUAUCGAAAGGAGCAAUGAUAUAAGUGUUUUUAUUCCAGAACCCAAAGCAACAGUUUCAAUAUAAAUCUAAUAAACACUAAA